AUGGCAGACCGUGUCCACCGCGUCACCAUGUUCAAGCUGCCCAACCCAGCCGCCCAACAGAAGCUGAUUGACGCGUACAAGACCGUCGACGCAACCAACCAAAAGGACGGCAAGCCGUAUAUCCUGUCACUGGCAGUGGGUGUAGCCGAGGAAGACCCUCGCGCCCAGGGGUACACCGUCGUGUGCAAAACCGAGUUUGCUAGCAUGGACGAUCUGAAGUAUUACGACGAGAGUUGCGCCGCGCACAAGAACUUGAAGGCCACCGCGAAGGAGCUGGGUGUUGAGGGUAUCAUGACGGUUUUCUUCAAGCCCCAGCUCUUGGGGAGCUCAGCAUAA